AUGAUGGUGAUCUUCCAAAACAAGAUCAUUUAUAUGCCGUCCGUCCCACCGUUCUCGAGGUCUGAGAAAGUGAACGAUUACGCCAGGCAAUGCCAGCCAGCUGUCUGGAACGAACACGACGUUCGGGCCGCAGACGGGACCCUAUUGAAGCUUUUGGAAGGCUCCAUCACGAAUGCGCCAGACACGAAGCCGGAAGAACAUGUUGUAGUGCUCUAUUUCCAGGGGAAUGCUUCCUCAUUGCCCCCGCGUCUUCCAUAUCUUUCGAGAAUAUUGAAGGCAGCAAUGGCUGGCCAGUCGCCCAAGAAGCAAUACACAAUCGUGGCACUGUCCUAUCGCGGGUAUUGGAAGUCCCAGGGUAGUCCAUCUCAAGCCGGGAUUGAACUCGACGCAGAAGCCGCCUUGAACUGGGUACUGACAAGAUAUGACCCUGACCGAACCAAGGUCGUGGUCUGGGGCCAAUCCAUUGGUGCAGGUGCCGCAACAGUGGGCUUAGCCAAUUUGUCGAGGACCGACAAAGACGGUCUUCAACGUAUCUCAGGCCUCCUUCUGGAGACACCAUUUGUCGACCUCAAGGCAAUGCUGGUAGCACUUUAUCCGCAGAAGUUCCUGCCCUACCGAUAUUUGACUCCAUUCUUACGGUCGACGUGGGAUAGCAAGACCUCCUUGCACACGAUCGGCAAAGUCAACCCAGACCUCCGAACCCUGAUCUUGGAAGCUGGUGACGAUGAGAUUGUACCUGCUGGACAGGGAGCUAUAUUAGAGAACGCUUGCAAGGAAGAAGGGAUGAAUGUGGAUCGAAAGACGGUGUCAGGAGCUCUGCACACGGACGUCGUGGCCAAAGGGCAGGGGCGCAACCACAUCGUGAAGCUUCUUGAGUCUGUGUAG